GCCUUUGUGACGUCACACUAUUGAUUGUGAAAAAGGAGAUCGUCUUUUGGUGGAGACGCCAUCUUAAAAUAAAGUGAUAUAAGUUUUGGUAGAGUAGAAUAUAAUAAAAAUCUGAAGUAAUCGUUAUUGUAAUAUUAGCCUUUGAGCUUAGACUAUUAAUUUAACGUAAUAUCAAGCGUAACGGACCAAGUUGGUGGUCGGUGCGAGGGUGAUCUCCUGAUGGUGUGUACAUCGCAGCAUGUCUGCACUCUCGACGCCGGGCGGCGGAGGCACUACGGCGCAGUCGAAGCCGACGUCCGGCAAGCAAAAAUACCAGAAGUUGGAUAUCAAUAGCUUGUACUGCACUAACAGGAACGAAAACUCUGAGCCAUCCCUAGUAAAAUCUCAACUCAGCCGCAAGCAUGGAAUGCAGAGUCUUGGAAAAGUACCAUCGGCAAGGCGUCCACCAGCCAAUUUGCCAUCUUUGAAAACUGAAACAGGGCAAGACCCUAACGCCAACUCUGUUUCUGCUGUUACUACUACUGUAUCUACACCGGCAACAUGCACCUCUCAGACUGUUCCUACAACAUCCACCAGCAAUGUGCCUGCGUCUACUUGUCCGAGCGGCUGGGUGCCACUUCCACCACCUUCGUCACCACACUUCAGGACAGAGUUCCCGUCAUUGGAGGCUGCUGCCCAACCAUCACACCGUUCUUCAGAGCAUUCAACAUCUCAGCCACAACUCAGGCCGCAAACCGAAGGCAGCUGGACGUGCGGUGGCGGCGCGACCGUGCGGCCGGAAGCCGCGUCCCCCGCGCCUGCCGCACAACAGACCCCCGCCUUCCGCGCUAUACUACCCUCUUUUCUGGUGAAAGGUAGCGGCGGCGGCGGGCUCGGCCUGGGCGCGCUGGCCCCGCCGGGCCGGCGCGCGGCGCCGCGUCCGCCGCCUGCGCCGGCCCGCGCGCAGGACAUCCUCACCGCGCGGCCCAUCCUGCGCCCCGACCAGAUCUCCUCGCUCGAUGACAUUGCGCGCGACGCCGGCUGGGCGCAGCACGACGACAUCGACUAUGACCAAAAAUUAGACUUUUCUGAUGGAGAGUCAUCGGCACCGAAUAAGUCUAAUAAGAAUAAUAACCGACCUAGUAUUGAAACCGAGCGCGUCGAUGCAAAGGUUCCAGAGCUCACAGAUGAAGAGCAAAUAUGGGCUGAACGACGACAGAAGCAAAAUAAUGAGAUGGCUCAAGUGAUAGCGCGAGCACGGCAGAGGAAGGAAGAGGAACAGCGACGGCAAAUGCGAGAUAAUGCGCCCCUUCAGCCCAAGGAUUCCCGCGAUAGAUUAGAUAGAGAUCGCGAUCGGAAUGACAAUCGCGAUCGGAACGACAAUCGCGACAGAGAACCAGACAGCAGAGAAAAGGAGAAUAACAGAGAUAGAGAACGUCACGAUAAUAGAGAAAGAGAUCGCGCUGAUAACAGGGAAAAAGAACGAAGCGAUCACCGUGACACCAGGGAAAAUGAACGUGUUGAUAACAGAGAAAGGGAAAGAAUCGAAAGCAGAGACAGGUUCGAUAAUAGAGAUCGCGAUAGAGAUGUGAGGGACCGGGAGCGUGAGAGAGAAAGAGGUCGAAAUGAUAACAGAGAGCGUCAAGAUAGUGAAAAAGAGCGAAUGGAUAUGCGAGACAGAGAUAGAAACGAUAGAGAUCGCGGUGAUCGUUUGGAUCGGGAACGAUUCGAUAGAGGCUCGGAGAGAGGGGACCGCGACCGGAUGGAUCGUGACAACAGAGACAGGAUGGACCGCGACCGGAAUGACAGAGAUCGCGAUCGCGACUUCAGGGACAGAGAUCGAGAUUACGGCCGUGAUCGGGAGCAACCUAAUGCUGCCUUCUCAAAAACGUUCCAAAAUAAUAUUCCACCGCGAUUUUUAAAGCAACAGCAGAAUCGUCAACAAGACGAUCAACAUAAGGGGUGGGCGUUUUCAGGAAAACAAGCGCCCAGACGCCAAGAGCCGACGCCGUACAAUGCUCCGAGACACAAUGGACGGCGCUCUUAUUCAAGAGAUUUCUCAGACCGUGAGGAUGAUUUUAGGAGAGAAAAAGAUGGAUCUGGGCCUCAGUGGCGAUCUGAAAUGCAAGAUUAUGAUAGAGCUGGAAGGGAAUUAGAUAGAUCUAAUUCAAAAGAUUCUUAUAGAGAAUAUAGCGACUACAAAGAUAGAAGAAAUGAAUCUGACAGGAAAUCUAUAGAUAGUGGUAUUGAUCACAGCAGCAGAACAGCCGCUGAUAAAUUGACAGAAGUGUUCGAAAGAAAGAGUAUAGGAGUAGCAGAUUCAUUUCCUUCUUCAGAUUCCUCAACGCAAGUGCAAGCAGCAGAACGGCGUCCUACUCCACCUUCUGCUACCGUCCAGCGGGAAUCGUCUGAAAGAGAUUUUGGUAAAACUUCAUGGGCUGAAAUAACUCAAGAUGACUCAUCUGCUUAUCAAAAAACAUCUGCUGAAAAAACUACAUCUAAAGAAGUUGAACAUCUUCCUAAAGAUUCAGUAGAAGACAAAUCUAAUUUAAAUCAGCAAUCCACGGCGGGGUCUACUCAGCAGACUAUUUCAAAUCAUGCGGCACCUGCUUCUCAAAGUCAUAAAUUCAAUAAUCAUUCCGCUAGUGGGAAAAACGUGCAGAAUCAACAAGUACCUCAAAUACACCCAUAUACUAAUACUCAAUCACAAUCUUCUUCUGUUCAAUCUUUACUUGAUACUAACCAACCUAUUUCUAAACCUAUUACUCAAACUUCUAAACCUUCAAAUCUCGAUUCAGCUCAACAGUUACAAUCUUCAUCAGAUCAGAAUAUUGCACCAAAUUUAAACAAGCCAUUGUUUUCAUCCCAGAAAUCUGAGAAAGAAUUGUCGGAAUCUGAAUCUAUAGCUUCCAAAUCUAGUACUGAUCCUUCGGUAACAUUAGGAAAGGUCAACGAAACACAUUCAGUGGAAUCUCUACAGGGAAAUGUCGACAUUCAAAAACGACCAGUUGAUGAAAAAAGAAAUGAAAGAUUUGGUAGCGAGCAGCUUAAUAAGAAUCCCAUCAAGGAGCCUGUGGAAAGAAAAUCGAGCGGGUCUGGUUCGGAAAAGAAGGGCAGAGGUUUCGGCAGCAGUGGAGGAGGGGGUGGGGGCGGAGGAGCGGCGGGCGCAGGCGGCGGCGCUGGCUACGCCGUGUAUAACCGCGGCUGGGGCCGCGACUCUCGCGGCCGCCGCUCGCACCGCAGCUCGCGCUCCAACAACCGCGCCAGCGAGUCAGACGGCUCCACAGACGGCGCGCCUAAUGCUGAGCGCAAAGAACGACGUCGGGCGCCGCGCAGUCCACGAGGGCCGAAGAAAUCCGAUCGCCAUGACGACAAUCGCGCGGCUGAGCAGAUGUCGCACACCAUCGAUAAUAUGGAGAACAGGGAACCCUUCGCCCCACGCGGACAACCUUCUAGGAGAGGCAGAGGAGGAUUCCAAGGCGCGUCGCGCCCUCCGGCGCCGGCUAAAAGGGUUGCGGGUUACGGUCCGCCUAACACGAAGAGUCCCUUCAGUCAAACUAACAAAGCCGCCAAAGACGACGACGCUAAAGAUAUACAGGAUGAUAACAAAAACAAAUCCCAUUCCAAACCGCGAACCGGUUCGUCAACCGGGCGAGGACGGGACCGGAGGCCUAAAGGUUCCGUCGGACCGCUUAGUGGAGAAGACGAGAACUGGGAGACCACAUCAGAACAUUCCGAAGGCGGCAGUAACGCCCGCAGAGGUAGAUCUGGAGCGCAACAGCAGAGAGGCCUGCGUAAUCAGAAUAACCGCCAAAACAAUGCUCGCCAUGCACAAGGAUCGAAAAAAGACACACCCGCAGAUAAGACCACUGAAGUAAUAGAGGCUAUGACCGACCUUAAGAUUUCGGGCAAGAAGGACGACGAAGUCGUCGAUGAUGGAUUCCAGGAGGUUCGAAAUAAGAAAAACUCCAAGGAUACCCGAUGCCCCCCCGCCAAAGAAGAAACUAUUAAACAACCCAGAUCUCAUUCCAACCAAGGCGGUGGAAGAAAUGGAUCAUCCUCUAGAAAUCCUAACGAUAAAUCGAACGCUCCUCGUGGUUCGGCUCCGGUUAUGGGUAAGCCGGUGUCCCAGUAUGACCGGCCACGUCAAGCUAAUUUGGCACCGCGUUUUGUGAAGCAAAGACAAAAGCAGCAAAUGGGAUUAGUAACAGGCUUCGGACCAGACACCGGCGCGGCUCCGCCCCCGCCGGCGGUCAACGCAUGGGACAAACCUAUAUCGCAAACCUUGCGCGGCAACGUCGAAGAAACGACGACUGAAAAUGUAGAGAAUAAAUCUGGCCAGUCAAGUCAGCGUAGUACGCCUGCUGACGCACAAAAUAUUGCCGAAAUUAAGUCUGUUCCACCGACUUGUGCUGUCACUACCGAUAAAUCGGGAGUAUUAGAUGGGUCGACCCCGCCUGUAGAGACUAUCAUAUUCGAAAAUACGAAUUAUAAGACUGCACCACCUGCUGAGGCCUUAAAACAAAAAUAUCAACCUAGUGCUAACACUGCAAAGCCUCAGGGCGAAGAUAUUCCGGCAGAAUUAGAUGCCCGACCAGUAGCAUUCAACGGCGAGGUGAGACCACGACCAAGAUCCAUUCAAGAACUCAUGGCAGAUAAUAGUAGACCUGUAUCAGACGCCGAAGGUACAUUGAAUCUGCCGAUGUCAUUUGACACAUCUCAAAAAGCGGAAGAUUCAUCAGAUAUGAAACUUGAUUUUACUUUCGAUACAGAUACUCUUGGACAGCUCACUGAGGAUAAGACUGCCAAAACUCUCAGUUUGCCACGAGGAGUGCAUAUGAGUACAUCAAGUACUAUUUCCCCACUGGCUGCAGAUCUCAAUUUAAAAAUAGCUAGUGUGAAAAAGGUGUGGGAAAUGCCUGCAGUGGCUGAAGGCAGUGAAGAAUUACAGUUUCCCGGCUUCGAGGAGAGCAAUACUGAGACUGGCGCGCCUCCAAACGUGUGUAAAGUGAAGCCAACGCAACAGUUGCAGUCGCCGCCGCCUCAGCACUACAACCACGUAGGCUAUCAGGGCGGUUAUGGCGGGCUGUCAGUACCGUCGCCUCCGGCGGUUCUGUUCAACUCCUCGCAACAGCUGCUGGGCUCGUCCCAACAACUUCCUCAGCAAGGUGGCUUGUACGGAGCCUUUUUGGACCAGAGUAGAGGCCAAUUCGGGACGUUUCCUGGAACGCCGUACGGCGCUGGAUCAGCCGCGCCAUACAAUUACCACCAGCAGCCACCGCCAGAUGGUAUGGCUACUAUGUUCCAGAGCCUUCCCAACCAAUAUAGGAUGGCUGCAGCUGGAGGUGGCGCAGCUUUUGGCCAAUCGGGACAGCUUGGCAAUAAUCCCAGUACGGUUCUAAUCUCUAGUACUUCAAAUUCUCUCAUGUCAGCUACUGUGAAACCUUCCAGUCAGCAAAUUGGUGCUAUAGGCAGUAAAGGAGGUGGCGGUGUAGGCGGCGUCGGCAGUGUGAGCACGUACCAGCAGCAGUACCUCGGCUACUCGGGGCCCGUCGGCGAAGCCCCGUACUCUCUACCGGGCCUGUUGCCCCGGCCCGCGCCCCCGGCCAACUCGUACUACUCCCCGUACCAGCCGCCCACGGCCCCGGCGCCCACUUACCCGCUACAGUUCACGCAACCGGCACAGUCCGGGGCGUUUGGAUCGCAAUUCAUAUCGUCGCAGUUACAAGUGGCGGCCGCCGUUCAACAAAUGCAGCAACAAUACCGCGCGCCGCUGCAGCAGCAAUACGCCGCUCCGCCGCAGCCGCGGCCGCCGCCGCCGCAGCUGAAGUCGCCGCUGCACGAGCACGCGAACGGCUUCGCGCCGCUGUGCGAGUCCGCGUCGCCGACGCCCAAGCCGAACAAGCCGCAGAAGCCGCCGCACUCGCCGCCGCAGCACAAGUAUCACGCGCCGCCGCCGAUGCCGCCGCCGGCUAUCACGCCGCUACAGCACCAUCAGCAACAUCAGCAGCAGCAAAUGAUGGGCGGGAACGGCGGGCGGUGCGGCGGGGGCGGGGGCCCGCGGGGCCUGUCCCCGCGCUACCCGGCGCCCAUCCAGCGCCCGCCCGUGCCGCUGUACCGGCCCGCGCAGCACGUGCGGCACCACGCGCCCCGCCCCAACCUCUACCAGCAGUAUCAUCAUCAUCAGCGCAACGGAGCCGGCAGCGCCGAGCGCGUAACCGAUGCAGGUUCGGGCGCGGGUCCGCCCGACGAGCCGGCCGACGCCGCCGCGCCGCCCGACGCGCCGCCGCCCGCUGAGGUCAAGGCCGAGUGAACCUCCGCCUCGCGCCACGCCACUCUACUGCCCGCCGCCUCACACGCUCGAACAACCGAUGCGACGCCACGAUGCCCAUUCCAACCAAUACCUACAGUGUGUUCCUUAUUGAUCGAUCGGCGGCGAAAAACGGCAUCCUUCGAGCACGCCGUUUUCGGCGGCACGACGUCGCACCGUGUAAUCGGGUUCGAGCCCGUAGGUUUUCGGUUAUUUUAAUUAAGUCGUAAAUUAUGGAAGUGAUUUUAUGAUUAUUUAAGAUGUGUACGGAUUGAUGCGCCCUGCUGAACCGUCGCCGGUGGGAGUCCAUCGUUUUGGUCGGCUCUUACCGACGACGACGUGCGAGAUGCGCUCUGUUUGUAUGUAAAUAUAUUGAUCGGACGGAUAUCCGGCUAUUUGACUGUUACAUUUAAGUAUAUAUAAACGCGAACGGUCGGUGGCCGCCCCGCGACCGACGCACGGAGGACUCGCGUCCGACUGACCGAUGCUGCCUCGACCUCUCAUUAGUGAAUAUGUAGCGACGGUUUUGCAAAACCCAUGUCGAUGCAAUAUAAAUGAAUAAUUAAUGUAAUUUGGAGCUAAAACAAUUGUAUGUUACUCCAUGCGCUUGAGAGACAUACGGUUCAACUCCAUGUAUCAUAACCAAUUAUAUGCGAAUAAAAUUAUUAUGACAGAA